UGUCUUAAAGGGGAGGUUUAAUGCUAUUUCAUGCAUUCUGACCUAUUAACACAGUUUAGGAGUUGUAAUCCCCUUGCUUAACAUAAGCAAAGUGUCAAAAAAACAUUUGAGCUUGUGACAGAGUAUUUCUGGGUCAAACUCACACCUCCAUUUUCAUACAAGUUUCGUACAAUUUUUUUCGACCGGGGGUAACCGUUGCGACUGAUUGACCCCAUUUUCCUUAUAUGGCCCUUCCUCCCAGAACAGAGCACCCACACGUCAAUCAGAGUGAGAGCGAGAACGCACAUUAGCAUUGCUCCGUCGAGAGGUCACAGGUAUCAGUGCACAGCACGCGACAACUUUGUUUAAUCAAGAUGGUUCGACAAAAGAAGUGCAUUUUUGGAUGUAAGGAGAAGAAAACCUUGUUCAGCUUUCCAAGUGACCCUGUCUUAAAACAGCAGUGGAUGCAGUUCGUUUUUCCCGGACAGCAACGGAAUUGCGAUUGGGUUUAUGUUUGUUCACUGCAUUUUGGAGACGACUGCUUCACAAACAAGGCUCAGUUCGACGCCGGAUUUGCUAAUCGUUUACAAUUGAGAGAUGCAGCGGUCCCAACUUUAAAAGACCCCGUUCAGGAGACACAACCACAAGCAAGCACAUCUACUCAUGUUCCUACCAGCCUGUCUUUAAUCAAGCACAUGGGAUGUCAAACAGAACAUAUACCUGCUGUGUCUGUUGAAGUCCAAGCCAACCCAGAAAAAAAAUCUAUAGGCAUUCAAUGUACAUUUGCUCCAUCUCUAAAGACAGCUGCCACACAGGUCUCCUUUGCAAAACAGACAGGACAUUUUCGAAGCAAGGGCACACAGGCUACAGUAUUUAAUGUAAGUGUUGGUACAGAGACUGCACAACCUGAACCAUGGAGUCAGCUGUCAUCUACACCAAUAAAGGUUUCUACAUCCAGACUUGGUGCAACACCUGCUAAGCGGCCUCGUAUGGAAUUGCUGGAAGAAGACGAGGAAGAGGAUGAAGUAAACAUUUCAGAUAUUCCACAGCCUCAUGAUUCCACAUAUGAGCUUGGUGACUCUGCUGCAGAUACUGAAAUCAGUGGGUUGGAGGACACUUAUGAUUACACUGACACAAAGUACAUUGUUUUUGAAUACUCUCUCAGAGAGCUUUUUGAAACAUGUCCUUUGUGCAAGCACAACUGCGAUGUCCAACGAUGUCGAAUGGGGACAUUUGUGUCAUUCAGUCAGGUCUGCGAACACUGUCAAUAUACCAGAAAGUGGCAGAGCCAGCCUGUGAAAGGAAGUACCCCGAUUGGAAACCUGCAAUUGUCAGCUGCAGUGUACUUCACUGGUGCAUCAUUCAUUCAAAUGGAUAAGAUUUGCAGAGCAAUGAAUCUCCAGAUACACGGAUACAACACAUUCAGAAGGCAUGCACGAUUGUUUCUUGAACCAUCAAUUUAUUACAAGUGGAAGAUGGAUCAGCAGGCCAUGUUCCAGCAGCUACAACAGCAGGGCAAAAUUGCAUUGAGUGGCGAUAUGCGUGCUGAUUCUCCAGGACAUUCUGCGAAAUAUGGCAGCUACACUUUAAUGCAUCUGGAAAGCAAUAAAAUUGUGGACAUUCAACUAGUACAGAGCAACGAAGUCGGAGGCAGUGCACACAUGGAGAAGGAAGGACUCAGAAGAGGUCUUGAUCUUCUGGAGUCCAAACAGUUAGACGUGGACUAUAUUGUAACUGAUCGCCACCCACAAGUGCAGAAGUAUCUAAGGGAGAGAAAUGUCAAACAGUACUAUGAUGUUUGGCACCUCGAGAAAGGUAAAUUGAAUUAAAAACAACACCCAUUUUUGUAUUUAAAAGUAUAAAAGUUAUUUUUAAAACUAUUGUUAAUGCAUACGUAUCAUCAAGCAUCAAGCUUCUUCAAAAAUUUUGCUAUGAAGUUUUUUAUUUUUUGUGCCAGGAUACGUCAGUGACCUGAUGAGAUUGCUGUUCACGGAGGUAUUUGACAACCCUGACACCUAUGUUGAGGAUCUGCGGAAAGUUCCUGUUCCAGAGGACCUAUCAGCACAGUUUGAGAGGCCAGCAAAGGAGGAUCUUAUUGCCCGACAUGUCUCCAGGUUCAAUCCAGCGGUGGCCGGAAGCCAGUGUAGUUCCCUCCAGCAUCAGGAAACUCCUGACGAAUCCGCAGGACAACACAUGCAGGAAUGACCACGCGCACAUGUCUGCCAAGAUAUCCCCAGCACCAGCUAAAAAAACUGCGAUAGGCAAGAUACCUAAAA